GAAGAGUUAGCUCGCUGCUGGGAUCGCAUGGCGCUUGCGCUCCACUGUUUUGUCUGCGUAAUUCCUCGGUUUUUUUCUUCUUCUUCUUUUACUGCUUUCCUACGCUGGUCUAGUGGCCGGUCUCUGCAACAUUUUUUUGAGGAGCUGUCCGCCGUUUGAUCGUGAAUGUGUAUGUGUGUCUGUGUGUGUGUGGAUCGUCGUGUAAGAGAAAAACAGGAAGCCAUUGUGUGUGUGUGUGUGUGUGUCUGUGUUUGUGUUGAGCUGUGAUUCUCUUCAACCAUCUCUUCAACCACAUUUCCCUAUACAAGAAGAUCGAGCACGAAAAAGAAAAAGGGAAAAAGAAGCUGUUGCAACCUUUUCCGGCGUUUAGAAUAGGCCAGAUAUUUAGUUUUCUAUUUUCUUUUAUUGCUUUCGUGCGUCUGAAAAUCGAACAAAAAAAAAAACAGAGGAGAGGACACGAUUUUUUUCGUUAAAAAGAAAAUAGCCGAAAACGUUCAAUGGCCUUCGACUCGAGUUUUCUUUAAGUAACGAAAACAAUCAAAUUAUUUUGUUUGGUGAAUCAAGAAAAAAUCGAGUUGAAAAGGGACGACAUGUUGAAAUUCAGCAGCAAGAGCGACGUCAACGCCGAGUGCAAGUGCAUCGUGCGGCUCCUCGACGAUUCCGAAGUCAUCGAAUGCGACAUUCAGCCUCGAUGCAAAGCUCAGUACCUGCUCGACUACGUCUGCCAGCAGCUGGAUGUCGUGGAGAAAGACUAUUUCGGUCUGCGCUACGUCGAUCAUCACAAACAGAGGAAAUGGUUCGAUUUCACCAAAUCGGUGGCCAAUCAAGUCAGAGAUGCCCACAAUUUAGUGCUGUGCUUCCGCGUCAAGUUUUAUCCGCCAGAUCCGAUGAGACUUCAAGAAGCGACUCGCUAUCAAUUGUACCUGCAAUUAAAACGAGAUCUGCAACACGGCCGACUUUACAGCCCGGGACCUGGUCACGACCUCGCAUUUCUCGCAGCUCUUUGCCUUCAAGAGGAAUUGGGUGAUUACGAUCCGGAGCGACAUCUACCGGGCUACGUUUCCGAAAUGAAUUUGGUGUUGAAUCAAUCGGAGAAACUAGAAAAUCAAGUCGAGGAAUUUCAUUCGGGAAGAGUGGGCGCUCUUGUCGGCAUUUCAGCCUCUCAAGCCGUUAAUGCAUUUCUCAAAAAAGCAGCCACGCUCGAUACUUACGGCGUCGAUCCGCAUCCAGUCAAAGACCCGAGAGGGGCCAGAUUGUAUAUCGGGACGAACCACAGUGGCGUCGCCACGUUCCACAACGGCCGACGGACUCACCACUUCCGCUGGAUCGACAUCUCCAAGCUCAAUUACGAAGGGAAAAUGUUCAUCAUUCACCUCAUCAUUAUGGAAGAUGCAAGAACCAAGAAAAAACACACGGUCGGUUUCAAGUGCGCCACGUCCUCCGCAUGUCGCCAUCUAUGGCGCUACUCGGUCGAACAGCGGAUAUUCUUUACUUUCACGUCAUCUGCUGAGAUUCCGGCCGUCGUGACGGGCGGGAGCUUUUUUUCACGCGGAUCUAAAGUUCGCUAUUCGGGACGGGUUGAACGCGAACUCGCCCUGGAGGAGGUGGCCUUACUGGCAGCGGCCGCCGCCAGUCAAGAACAUCCGACUGAUCCGACGGAUCGACGCCAUCGAUCGGCUUCUUACGCGUCGCGACGUUCCACAUCGGAGCCAAUCAGCGGCGACGGUUUCGAGUAUGGAGACGAUGAGGAGGAAACGGACGACCUUUCGUUUGACCGACAUCGUUCAACGGAGCGCACCACUCCCAAUGGUUCCCGCCGGAGGAAUCACAACGAUGAACCGUUGCCAAGACAACGACACCGUCAACACGAUCAAGACGUUCUAGAAGGCCACGACAGUUAUGAAGCGUCAUCUUGCGGCAGCGGGGCGAGUCAAGACGAUCGUUCCGAUGUGGCGAGUUGGGUGGCCCUGGAUCUCAGGGGUUUGCCUCGCCAUCAUUUGCAGCAUCAACAGCCACACCAUAGCAACGGUUACGACACUUUAACCAUCGAUUCGGAUUUCUACGGAUACGCGGGCAGCACGACGGGCAGCACAGCAGCCGAUCCCAACAGCUGGUCCCUUCAUCCCGAUCACGAUCAUCAAUGGCGUGAGCGCGAUCAUUCUGGCAGUCGCCAUUCUGCUUCGCCGGCCCACUAUUCUUCUUCAUCCUCGCGAUAUAAAGAUGAACCGUCGGAUGGCUGGUCAGACUCCGUUCCACGACAACGACGACGACGAGAGCUCAAAUUGUCGGAACAGGUCCUUCGCGCUGCUAUUCCUCUACUACCCCCUGGCGGAGGAUCUUUGAUUCCUGCUAGUCAAUCGCCAUCGGGCCCAUUACAACACGUCCAGCAUCCUUGUAAAAUGUGGACCAAACGGAUCCUGCUGCUGGGCACCAGCCUUUUCACGGCGUUCUCAUUCAUGGCCCUGACGCUGAUCCUCGUCUACGAGACGGAUUUCCACUGGGCCAUCCAUCUACGCCACUGGCCCGAAAUGGUCUUCAUCCAGCGACACUUGUACAUUCCCUUCCGCAACCUCUUCCCACUCGGAUCUUCAUCAUAACCACAUGAUCUCAAAAGAAGCGUCCUGUUUUUACAACAACAAAAACUCUCUGCACCCCGACAAAUCAUUCACGUUUUUGUUGUUUUGUUUGUUUUGUCGCUUAUCAGCGCCAUCUAGCGUUCUAAAUCAACAUUUUGUCAAUUCAUUUUUUUUUUUUUUUAGGAAAAGCUUUCCUUAUUGAAGACUUAUUAUUCUCUUUAAACUCUGGUUGUUAUUGCUCAUUCCAUUCAUGUCAAUUGUCCACUGCUACAAUCGACCCAGCUCACAUAUGUCUGUCUCUUUAAAAAAAAAAAGCUUCUUUCAAGUCAUUUCAAAAACUAAAAUGUCUUUCAAUAUUAGGAUCAUUUUGUCACACAUUAUGUCAUUUCCUCUGCCAUUCGUUGAUUUUUACUCUGCGUUUUGUCCUUUUUGAGUUCUAUGCUUCAUUCUCGAGACAGAAAAAAUUCAAAUUCAACAAAUACACCACUCGU